GCUACAUUUUUACUGUUUUACUACCCUUAUCAUUCUUCAAUUUUUUACUUUUCACUUUUGUUUUUCUUUCCUCUUACCAAUACUAAUUACCAUGGAAAAAAAUAUAACUGUACCUCUAGACCACAUGGUCUGUAGGAAAUUGGGUUAUCUCACAUCAUGGAGUCUCUGGGAAAACGAUUAUGCUCUAUCCCCUACAAUUAUCCUCACAAUACAGCUUGUUGUUAUCUUUUUCACCUCGAGAUUCGUCGAUGUUUGGCUCCGGCAACUCGGACAAACCAGCAUAGUUUCCCAAAUUGUUGCAGGAAUUUUCCUCGGGCCCUCGUUGCUGGGGCAAAACGGUGAAGCAGCGCGUACAUUGUUUCCUGUAGAAGGAUAUAUGACACUAGCAACAUUCGCAGCAUUCGGAAAUAUGUUCUACCAUUUCCUGGUGGCCGUCAAAAUAGAUCCGAUAAUGAUUCUAAAGCCAGGACGAGUGGCGAUGUACUUAGCAGCUUCCGCCUUCUCCAUUACUAUGUUUUUUACCUUCAUAUUGGCAUUGUUUAUGAGGAAACAUAUUGUAAUGGAUCCAGGCAUGCAUAAUAGCAUUGCAUUAAUAGCUAUGAGUCAAGCUUUUACAGGUAUUUCAGUUGUUUCUUACCUAGUAAAUGAACUCAAGCUUCAAAACACGGAUGUCGGACGUUUAGCCCUCUCAGUCGCAGUAUUUUCCGAUGCAUUGAAUAUUCUUAUGGUCACAUUAUCAUUCGUCGCAGGAGUCGUUCGCCACCACAUUAUAUUUAUUUGGGCAGUUUUUACUACAAUUGGAGUAGUAUUUUUUAUUGUGCUUGUGAUAAGGCCAGUUAUAUUAAUCACAAUAAACAGAUUACCUCUAGGAAAACCUGUUGAUCAAAAAUAUGUAUCUUAUAUCAUCCUUACAACCCUUUUUCUUGGAUUUAUAAGUGAGGUCAUAGGACAACAUUACAUUUUUGGACCUUCAAUCUUAGGGUUAGUUGUGCCAGAAGGACCUCCAUUAGGGGCAGCUUUGGAAUCAAGGCUAGAAACUUUUGUUAUGGGAUUUCUAUACCCGACGUACCUCGCCAUUAGCGGUCUGCAAACUAAUAUCUUAGAGGUUAAAUUAAAGGAGAUGUGGAUUGUUGGGACUGUUGUUGCCUUCGGAGUUGUGGUUAGGACAGUAACACUAAUGAGUGCAGGAUCAUAUAUGAAUAUAUCUCUGAGAGAUUCGUUUGUGCUUUCGAUGAUUUUGAGCUCGAAGGGCAUCCUCGAAAUUUCGAUAUAUAACUUCUGGAUAAGGAACAAGAUUUUACGACAAGAAGAGUUCAGUAUGUGUAUAAUAUCCGUAGUAGCGACGACAGCAAUUGUAACUCCGUUAAUAAGAUACAUCUAUGAUCCUACAAUCAAUUCACAACCGGUUAAGAGAAAUACUCUCCAGCACUCGAAGCACGAUACAGAGUUACGGAUGUUAGUAUGCAUACACAAUCCUGAGAAUGUUCCGACCAUCAUAAACCUUCUAGAAGUAUCGAAUGCCACGGAAGAUAGCCCUAUCGCCGCCAUUGCUUUAGUUCUCGUGGAGCUUGCCGGCAGGAGUGUUCCCAUUUUGAUAUCUAACGACACCAAGUCCACCCGUAAUGAAACAGCUACUGUAAUUGCAACUUCCCACGCGUUGAAGAUGUACGAGCAAAAGAACGAGGGGUACACUACAGUCCAAUCAUACACCUCGAUCUCUUCGUACAGCACAAUGCACCUUGACAUUUUUAGAACAGCAAUCGAAAGGAGAGCCAGCAUCUUGAUUAUGCCAUUUCAUAAGCAAUGGGCUAUUGACGGCAAUGUCGAAACUAUAAGUCCUAGUAUACGGCGCAUGAACUGCAAGGUCCUGGAAAAGGCACCAUGCUCCAUUGGAAUAUUAGUAGACCGUGGAAUUUUGAAAGGAACGUCGAACAUCCCUACGAUUAUAACGAAAUUCAACGUUGUUGUCAUCUUCCUAGGGGGGCCAGAUGACGCGGAAUCACUAGCUUAUGGAGCGAGAAUGGCAAGGCACGAAUCAGUAAAGUUGACGGUGAUUCGGUUCCUUCUUUUCGGAAGUGAAAACAGUAUAGAAAGGAAGAGGGACAGUGAGCUAAUGUUUCAGUACAAGCAAAUGAAUAUGGGGAAUGAGAGAUUUUUGUAUGUAGAAGAAGUGGUGAGAGAUGGAGUAGGGCUAUCUCAAUGUAUAAGAAAGAUAGUAAAUUUAUUUGAUUUAAUUUUGGUGGGGAGAUAUCAUCAAGAUUCUCCUCUUUUUCUUGGUCUGGAAGAUUGGAGUGAAUGCCCCGAGCUAGGCCUCAUCGGCGAUAUGCUCGCCUCGCCGGAUUUCAAGAUGACUGCGUCGGUUUUAGUGAUUCAACAACAAAGAAUAAGAGCAAGCAAAAGAGAAUCAAGAGCUCUUGUUGUUCCAGAAGACAAUUCAUGGAGUAUAACCAUGGAUAAAAAUUUAAAAUAGAGUGUGCUACAUUACAUAUACAUCAAUACACCUAUUGUAUAUUGCAGGCUAAAUUUAGAUUUUCUUUUCAGGUUAUUUAUUUCUUUUAGCCAUGUUAUUAUAGGAAAUUGUGUAUAGACCCUAAUGGCCAUGUUUAAAUAAAAUAGAUGUUCAAAAAUAGUAGUAGUAAUUUAUGAACCAUUGGAAUAGCUGUUCUUUAUGUUAUGC